AUGCAUAAGAACUCUCAAAUCUCUGGGCUUUUAGCCCUCACCUUGGCAGGUGCUUGCACUGCCCAGACAGCUUGUACUGCUUCGGUGUAUUCCCAAAUCGCUCCUUGUGUUGCGUCUUCUACCGCCAUUGUUUUGAGCAACGUGUUUGCACCAUCAGGUAGCAGUAUUGACCUUACCAAAGUUAAGGCCGGUACAACAAUCACCUUCGCUGGAAAAACGACAUUUGGAUUCACCAAUGACAGCAGCUUCGAACCAAUAAAGCUGGCCGGUUCUGGAAUCACUGUUACCGCUGAGCCUGAUGCAAUUAUCGAUGGUAAUGGCCAAGCUUAUUGGGAUGGUCUUGGUUCAAACGGUGGUGUGCCAAAGCCAAACCAUUUCAUUGCAGCCUCGAAAUUGAUCGGAAAUUCCAUCAUUGAGAAUCUUUACAUUCAAAACUGGCCCGUCCAUCUUUUCACUAUCACCGGUGCUGUUGGACUGACCAUUCAAAAUCUGGUCCUCAACAACACAGCAGGAAACGCGCCAAAUGCAGCAAGUGGUACAUUGGCCGCAGCACAUAAUUCAGAUGGAUUUGAUGUCAGCUCAUCCAGCAACACAAUAAUCAAGAAUACACAAGUUUUCAAUCAGGAUGAUUGUGUAGCCGUCACGAGCGGAAACAACAUCACCAUUGAUGGAUUAUAUUGCUCAGGUGGUCAUGGUCUCUCCAUCGGAUCUGUUGGUGGAAAGAGUAAUAACAAUGUUACAAAUAUCACAUUCAAAAACAGCGAAUUAGUCAAUUCCAGCAACGGAGCUCGCAUCAAGUCAAAUUCCGAAACCACCGGUUUCAUUUCCAACAUCACAUACAGCAACAUCAAGCUCACCAAUAUUGAUACUUAUGGAAUCGAUGUACAACAAGAUUAUCUUAACGGAGGUCCAACAGGAGUGCCAACUAACGGUGUCAUCAUCGAGAACAUCCUAUUUGAAAAUGUGGUUGGAACAGCUGCAGCCAGUGCUAAAAAUUACUAUGUGCUUUGUGGCGAGGGAAGCUGUAGCAAUAUCAAGUUCUCUGGUGUUAAGAUCACAGGAGGUGAAGAAGAAAGCUCCUGUAACUACCCAGCAACUGGCUGCCCCGCAUAA